AUGGACUUCACGUCAGAUACUUUCCCUAAGGAUAGCAGUCAUCGCAGUGCAGCAGGUGCUAGAGGCUCGUCGUCUUCAGACUCGUUAGCAGCGGACGUUAGCAGCAGCCAAAACAUAGAAAACAAUGAGGAACUGGAGAUUGCAAGAUUGCAAGAGACCAAGGACAGGUUGUUAGCACAUAGAGAACACCUUCUAGGGCAGCUUUUGAAACGGCAGAAACAAUUGGUUAAGCUUCAAAGAACGUCCAAGUAUCAGACAGAUGAACCAAAUAGGGAAGACUCUUCCCGCAUUCAAUCUGUCUUCCCUCAAGACUCUGCCUCUUUGCUUCAAUUAUUUUCCAAAGUUAUUCCAAAGGCAAUUUCAGGUGCUCGACAAGAUAGUUCUUCAUUUAGAACACGUUCAAGCUGCAAAACUCCAUCUCAGACUGAAAAGAUCGAUGGUAAAUCUUCUUUGGAGGAUGAACUUGCUUCCAAAUAUGAUGCGCUUCCGUUGCUAAACCAACAGCUCCGCUUGGAUACAUUGAGGCGGUCGUGCCCAUAUAUGAUGGUCGAAGAGGUAAAUCUACCGUAUACUAGAAUAUCGUAUGAAUUAGGGCCGAAUAAUUCAUUUACGUUGGAAUACGAAUUACAUGUGGAUACGUCAACUGGGCAGUUGCAGUCUUUGAAGAAUAUCAGACUGCCUCCUAACAUUCGGUCGAAAACCCACACUUUGGUAGAAUAUGCUGAAAGUACAAUGAAUAUUGGAUACUUGCUCUUUGGCUUGAGUGAGUUUUCUAGACUCUGCAAUCUACGAAAAGAGGUCCUCGCUAAUAUGGGACAAGCUGUGACAGGGGCUAUCCUAAAUAUACUCAUCGUAGAGCAAACAGAAGAAACAAUUGUUUUUGAAAAGUUAUUCUGGAAGUUCAAGAUUGAGUAUUCUGUGCAUUUUGAUAAGGACAUGCUACCAUUACCUUAUUCUGUUGUAUUGGUAACAUUGUUUAAGAAUAGCGCUAAAACUAGAGACGUUCAGCCCAUCGCAGACGCGCUUAUCCAGGAAUAUGGAGUUGUUGAAGGGAUAGUACAAUUCAUUAAAUCAUUGUAUAUAUAG